AUGCAUAAACUCAUCCCGUCGAUCGUCGCCACUGCAGCAGCCACGUCGUUCAAAAUUGCCUGUGCAAAGCCCGUUGGAUUCCCGCUCCCUUUCCAGUUAGUUUUUGAAAUUCCUGUUUGGUUUCCCACCCUCAUCUCGUGCUUUUUGGUCUUCUUCGGUCAAGAUCUGUGGCGCGAUCGCACGUUGCUCAAGGAAGUGGUGACGACUGUGGUUGUCAUGCACUGCCAGAUAUUGUUGACGGUGGUCUACCCCGUCUAUUUGUACGGAUAUACCAGCAUCGGUCCGUCGCAGCAGAAAUACUACGUGAUUCUACUUCCGAUCAUUAAAAUACUCGCCAAGAACCUGAUCAGCUCCGCGUUGGGCACCAGAUACGAUUUACUCCCGCAGAUUAUGAUCUUCAACGUGGAUGUCUUCAACGCGUUGUAUGUUUCGAACUCCAUGGAGAAUUCAAACAGUGUCACGACCACGCUACUGAUGGUCCUAAUUGAUCUUGUGCAGGCCUUGAUCUCACUGUCGGAUAUAACGCAUUUGAUCACACCAGUGAACCAGCUUCGACAUAAACUGCCUCGAGACCACCCAUUGAAGGAGGCCUGCUUUGUGGAUAUUGCGCUUCAGAUUGUUAAAGAGAAUCCCAAAGUCCAAACGCAGCUAAGCAAGCGACGGUAUACUACCGCGCUUGGGCGCCAGGUGUUCGUGGAAAGGACCGCUCGAGUGCUUUUCACGACUGAGUUUGUCAUUCUGGUGGAGUAUACAGAGGUCAUCGUGCCUAUCAUCUACUGCAUCUACACUGCUGCCAUGUUUUACCUGCCCAAUCGGGAAUACUAUCCGCUGCUGAAGGACAUCGACGAAGCGGGACUCCGAAGCAAAAUAAUGGACGUGCUUAUUUACGUGAUGGUGGAACUGGUGUCGCUCCUGGUUAUCGGCUACGUGAUCCAACACAAGUUGCGGAUUUCGAUGCUGCAAGUGCUCUCGUUCGGGCUCGACAAGAGCUGGCGAAUGGUGCAGUCCAACCUGCAUCUGUGGAUCUUCUUCACUGUCGAGAGCUCGAUCGAGCACAGUGGUAAGUGCAUGCAUGUACUGCGACAGAUUCCUGUUGAACAACGAAGAUAA